GCUUUGUCCAUCGACGGUCACACUUACGCGUGUGAAAAAUGCAAUUACACUCCGUCGAAGAAAAUAUACUUUAGCCGCGUAAACAUUGCAAGCCCAUAGAAAUGGAGAUGGAAUCUGACAACAGCGACGAUGAGGGAUCGAUCGGCAAUGGAUUGGACUUGACCGGCAUUCUUUUCGGCAACAUCGACUCCGAGGGCAGACUGCUGCAAGAUGACGACGGAGAGGGGCGCGGGGGCACCGGUUUCGAUGCGGAGCUCCGGGAAAACAUUGGUUCCCUUUCCAAAUUGGGUCUGGAUUCUAUGCUGCUCGAGGUUAUCGAUCUCAAGGAAGCCGAGCCUCCGUCGGAUGACGAGGAAGAGGAGGACGCCAGACCGUCAGCCGUCAGUGCCAGCGAAGGAAUGAGUGCCUUUGAUGCGCUCAAAGCGGGCGUUAAAAGGGAGGAUGGCGCCGUAAAGGCUCAGGACGAUGCCAUUGACUACUCUGACAUCACCGAGUUAUCCGAGGACUGCCCACGCACUCCGCCCGAAGAAACAAGCACUUAUGAUGACUUAGAAGACGCCAUUCCCGCCUCCAAGGUAGAGGCCAAGUUGAGAGAGGAUAUUGCUCAAAUUUUUAAAGGUCUAUGCAAUUCCUGUCAAAGUGACACGAUUACUUUUGCACCGCUCAGGUUGGGUUCAGACCUAUUGCUAUACAGAGAGAAUAACUCACAUUUUGUUGCAGCUAAGGACGACAAGGAACUAAUGCCUCCACCAAGUGCACCAAUGCGCUCCGGCUCUGGCGGCGGCAUCGAGGAACCGGCCAAGUCAAAUGAUGCAUCUAGUCCCAGUGACGAUUCCAAAUCUACCGAUUCAAAGGAUGCGGAUCGGAAGCUGGACACACCACUGGCAGACAUACUGCCGUCCAAGUACCAGAAUGUGGAUGUGCGUGAGCUCUUUCCGGACUUUCGUCCCCAAAAGGUGCUACGCUUCUCCCGUCUCUUCGGACCCGGUAAACCCACGAGUUUGCCCCAGAUCUGGCGACACGUGCGCAAACGCCGCCGCAAGCGAAAUCAAUCCAGGGAUCAGAAGACGACAAACACUGGUGGUUCGGACUCUCCAAGCGAUACUGAGGAGCCACGAAAGCGGGGCUUCAGUCUGCACUAUGCUGCAGAGCCAACGCCAGCGGAGUGCAUGUCCGACGACGAGGACAAAUUGCUGGGCGACUUCAACAGCGAGGAUGUGCGUCCAGAAGGACCGGACAACGGCGAGAACAGCGAUCAGAAGCCAAAGGUGGCUGACUGGCGGUUCGGGCCUGCACAGAUUUGGUAUGAUAUGCUAGAGGUGCCCGACUCUGGAGAGGGGUUCAACUAUGGCUUCAAGACAAAGGCAGCAAGCACCUCGUCUCAGCCGCAACUCAAAGAUGAACGCCGUGUAAAGAGUCCAGAAGAUGAUGUCGAAGAUCCAAGCAUUGCGGAUGAUGCCUUUCUCAUGGUCUCCCAGCUGCAUUGGGAAGACGACGUGGUCUGGGACGGUAACGACAUCAAGGCAAAGGUGCUCCAAAAGCUUAACUCAAAGACAAAUGCAGCCGGAUGGUUGCCCUCGAGCGGGUCGAGAACGGCUGGCGCCUUUAGCCAGCCGGGCAAACCGUCUAUGCCCGUGGGAAGUGGAAGCUCCAAGCAGGGUUCGGGAGCAUCAAGCAAAAAGGCCCAGCAAAAUGCUCAAGCAAAGCCAGCGGAGGCACCUGAUGACACCUGGUAUAGCCUUUUUCCAGUUGAAAAUGAGGAGCUAAUAUACUACAAGUGGGAGGACGAGGUAAUCUGGGAUGCCCAGCAAGUGAGCAAGGUGCCCAAGCCGAAGGUACUCACUUUGGAUCCCAACGACGAAAACAUCAUUUUGGGUAUUCCUGAUGACAUAGAUCCCUCUAAAAUCAAUAAGAGCACGGGUCCUCCACCUAAGAUCAAGAUACCGCAUCCUCACGUAAAAAAGUCUAAGAUCCUACUUGGCAAGGCGGGUGUGAUCAACGUGCUUGCGGAGGACACACCUCCGCCGCCACCCAAAAGUCCUGACCGUGACCCCUUUAACAUAUCCAAUGACACUUACUACACACCGAAGACAGAACCCACCCUACGACUUAAGGUGGGCGGUAAUCUUAUUCAACACUCGACUCCGGUGGUAGAGCUGCGAGCUCCGUUUGUGCCUACGCACAUGGGCCCGAUGAAGCUCCGCGCCUUCCAUCGCCCCCCCCUAAAGAAGUACUCCCACGGGCCAAUGGCCCAGUCUAUCCCUCAUCCUGUCUUCCCACUGCUGAAGACCAUCGCAAAGAAGGCGAAGCAGCGCGAAGUGGAGCGCAUUGCCUCCGGUGGCGGAGACGUCUUCUUUAUGCGCAACCCAGAGGAUUUAAGCGGAAGGGACGGAGACAUCGUACUAGCCGAGUUCUGCGAAGAGCAUCCGCCUCUGAUAAACCAGGUGGGCAUGUGCUCCAAGAUAAAGAACUACUACAAGCGUAAGGCUGAGAAGGACAGUGGGCCGCAGGAUUUUGUUUAUGGAGAAGUGGCCUUUGCGCACACAAGUCCCUUCCUGGGCAUCCUGCAUCCUGGCCAGUGCAUACAGGCGAUUGAGAACAACAUGUACCGAGCGCCUAUUUAUCCACAUAAGAUGGCUCACAACGAUUUCCUCGUCAUUCGCACGCGGAACAACUACUGGAUACGGUCGGUGAAUUCAAUAUACACCGUGGGUCAGGAGUGUCCGCUGUACGAGGUACCCGGUCCGAAUUCCAAAAGGGCCAACAACUUCACCCGUGACUUUCUGCAGGUGUUUAUUUACCGCCUGUUCUGGAAAAGUCGCGACAACCCGCGCCGCAUUCGAAUGGACGAUAUAAAACAGGCUUUUCCCGCUCAUUCCGAGAGCAGCAUCCGCAAGCGUUUAAAGCAGUGCGCUGACUUCAAGCGAACAGGCAUGGACUCCAAUUGGUGGGUUAUAAAGCCAGAGUUUCGCCUUCCAUCCGAGGAGGAGAUCCGAGCCAUGGUGUCACCUGAGCAGUGUUGCGCGUACUUCAGCAUGAUAGCGGCGGAACAACGCUUAAAGGAUGCUGGGUAUGGAGAAAAGUUUUUGUUCGCACCUCAGGAAGAUGACGACGAGGAGGCGCAGCUGAAGCUUGACGACGAAGUAAAGGUGGCUCCUUGGAACACGACUCGCGCAUAUAUCCAAGCCAUGCGGGGAAAGUGUUUACUCCAGUUGAGUGGUCCAGCCGAUCCAACGGGAUGUGGAGAGGGAUUUUCAUAUGUUCGAGUGCCAAACAAGCCCACGCAAACCAAGGAGGAGCAAGAGUCGCAGCCUAAACGUUCGGUCACAGGAACAGAUGCAGAUUUGCGUCGUCUGCCACUCCAGCGUGCAAAAGAGCUGUUGCGGCAGUUCAAGGUGCCCGAGGAGGAGAUCAAAAAGCUUUCCCGCUGGGAGGUCAUUGACGUGGUGCGCACCCUGUCCACAGAAAAGGCCAAGGCCGGUGAAGAGGGAAUGGAUAAGUUUUCUCGUGGCAACCGGUUCUCCAUUGCAGAGCAUCAGGAGCGUUAUAAGGAAGAGUGCCAGCGCAUAUUCGAUCUGCAAAACAGAGUGCUGGCCAGCUCUGAGGUGCUGUCCACAGAUGAGGCAGAGUCCUCGGCCUCUGAGGAAUCUGAUCUCGAAGAACUUGGCAAGAAUCUUGAGAACAUGCUGUCAAACAAGAAAACCUCGACGCAAUUGUCAAGGGAACGUGAAGAGCUGGAGCGUCAGGAGUUGCUUCGCCAGCUUGACGAAGAACACGGCGGACCAAGUGGUAGUGGAGGAGCCAAGGGAGCCAAAGGAAAGGAUGAUCCGGGACAGCAAAUGCUGGCAACCAACAACCAGGGCAGGAUCCUUCGCAUUACGCGUACCUUUAGAGGUAACGAUGGCAAGGAAUAUACUCGCGUGGAGACUGUGCGGCGGCAACCAGUUAUCGACGCCUACAUCAAGAUUCGCACCACUAAGGACGAGCAGUUCAUCAAGCAGUUCGCAACGCUAGAUGAGCAGCAGAAGGAGGAGAUGAAGCGCGAAAAGAGACGCAUUCAGGAGCAGCUACGUCGCAUCAAGCGCAACCAGGAGCGCGAACGCCUGGCGCAGCUGGCCCAGAACCAGAAGCUUCAGCCAGGUGGCAUGCCCACUUCCUUGGGUGAUCCUAAGAGCUCGGGCGGUCAUUCGCACAAGGAGCGGGAUAGCGGCUACAAGGAGGUCAGCCCUUCGCGCAAGAAGUUCAAGCUUAAGCCAGACCUAAAGCUGAAGUGCGGCGCCUGUGGACAGGUUGGUCACAUGCGCACAAACAAAGCCUGUCCCUUGUAUUCUGGCAUGCAAAGCAGUCUGUCCCAGUCGAACCCAUCUCUGGCUGACGAUUUUGACGAACAGAGCGAAAAGGAGAUGACAAUGGAUGACGAUGAUCUUGUGAAUGUCGAUGGCACCAAAGUAACGCUCAGCAGUAAGAUUCUCAAGCGUCAUGGUGGUGAUGAUGGCAAGCGUCGCAGCGGAUCUAGCUCUGGUUUCACCUUGAAGGUUCCCCGAGAUGCGAUGGGCAAGAAGAAACGCAGAGUGGGUGGCGAUCUUCAUUGUGACUAUCUGCAGCGACACAAUAAAACGGCCAAUCGCAGGCGCACGGACCCCGUUGUGGUACUGUCCUCUAUCCUGGAGAUUAUCCAUAAUGAGCUGCGAUCUAUGCCAGAUGUAUCGCCAUUCCUGUUCCCGGUAAGCGCAAAAAAGGUUCCCGACUACUACCGCGUGGUGACCAAGCCCAUGGAUCUGCAAACGAUGAGGGAGUAUAUUCGCCAAAGGCGCUACACGAGUCGCGAGAUGUUCCUCGAGGAUCUCAAGCAGAUUGUGGACAACUCGCUGAUCUACAAUGGACCGCAGAGUGCAUACACCUUGGCUGCCCAACGCAUGUUCAGCAGUUGUUUUGAAUUGCUCGCAGAGCGCGAAGACAAACUGAUGCGCCUCGAGAAGGCAAUUAACCCGCUGCUGGACGACGAUGACCAAGUGGCACUCUCCUUUAUCUUUGACAAGCUGCACUCGCAGAUUAAGCAAUUACCAGAGAGCUGGCCUUUCCUUAAGCCUGUCAACAAGAAACAGGUUAAGGACUACUACACGGUUAUCAAGCGACCCAUGGACCUCGAAACUAUCGGCAAAAACAUUGAAGCUCAUCGCUAUCACAGUCGUGCCGAGUAUCUGGCUGAUAUCGAGUUGAUCGCCACCAACUGUGAGCAGUACAACGGCAGUGACACCCGCUACACCAAGUUCUCAAAGAAGAUACUUGAGUAUGCCCAAACCCAGUUAAUUGAGUUUUCGGAGCACUGCGGCCAGUUGGAAAAUAACAUAGCUAAGACGCAGGAGCGUGCUAGGGAAAAUGCACCAGAGUUUGAUGAAGCCUGGGGCAAUGAUGAUUACAACUUUGACCGUGGCAGUAGGGCCAGUUCACCCGGAGAUGACUACAUCGACGUCGAGGGUCAUGGGGGGCAUGCCUCCUCAUCGAACUCUAUCCAUCGCAGCAUGGGCGCCGAGGCCGGUUCGUCACAUACGGCGCCGGCGGUGCGAAAACCAGCUCCUCCUGGUCCUGGUGAGGUGAAGCGCGGAAGGGGUAGGCCCCGCAAGCAGCGCGACCCCGUGGAGGAGGUCAAAUCCCAGAAUCCGGUUAAGCGUGGUCGGGGGCGUCCGAGGAAGGACAGCCUUGCCUCAAACAUGAGUCACACGCAAGCUUACUUCCUGGAUGAAGAUCUCCAAUGCUCCACAGAUGACGAGGACGACGACGAGGAGGAGGACUUCCAGGAGGUCUCCGAAGACGAGAACAAUGCGGCGAGCAUUUUAGAUCAGGGCGAACGUAUCAAUGCGCCUGCCGAUGCCAUGGAUGGCAUGUUUGACCCCAAGAACAUCAAGACAGAGAUUGACCUAGAGGCUCACCAGAUGGCAGAGGAGCCGAUCGGCGAGGAUGACAGCCAGCAGGUGGCCGAAGCAAUGGUGCAGUUGAGUGGCGUGGGCGGCUACUAUGCUCAACAGCAGCAAGAUGAAUCCAUGGAUGUGGACCCCAACUACGAUCCCUCAGAUUUCCUCGCCAUGCACAAGCAGCGCCAGAGCCUCGGCGAGCCCAGCAGCUUGCAGGGUGCUUUCACCAACUUCCUAUCGCACGAGCAGGAUGAUAAUGGGCCUUACAAUCCCGCCGAAGCCAGCACAAGUGCCGCUUCCGGUGCAGACUUAGGAAUGGACGCUUCAAUGGCCAUGCAAAUGGCGCCGGAAAUGCCUGUCAAUACCAUGAACAACGGAAUGGGCAUCGAUGAUGAUCUGGAUAUUUCGGAGAGUGACGAGGAAGACGAUGGUUCUCGAGUGCGUAUCAAAAAGGAGGUCUUCGACGACGGGGAUUACGCCUUGCAGCACCAGCAGAUGGGACAGGCAGCAUCGCAGUCGCAGAUAUACAUGGUGGAUUCGUCCAACGAGCCCACGACUCUCGACUACCAGCAACCACCGCAACUGGACUUCCAACAAGUGCAGGAAAUGGAGCAGUUGCAGCACCAAGUGAUGCCACCAAUGCAAUCAGAGCAACUGCAGCAGCAACAGACGCCGCAGGGAGACAAUGAUUAUGCCUGGACUUUUUAGUGAUAGGGAAUAAUUGUUAGUUGUUAGAAAAUAAAACGUCGAUUUAAUAAUAGGAUUGAGCUUCGCUGUGAAACAAUUUUAUACACUUUUUACAAUGCAUUGUUUUAACGGAUUUUGAAAUACUACAAUAUGUUCUCUGAAAAAAUAUUUCCUUUUCAUGCCAAUAUGUUUUUAAUUAUACACUUUACAAUUUAUGAAAUCUAAUUCAAAAUAUGUUUUUAAAAUAUAAUUUUCAUAACUUUAAAUAAUGCCU